AUGGUGAUGCGACUUGAUAUAAACAUGACCAACCCGUCCAAGGAUUUAACUGGACUUAAAGAAGGAAUACAGAAUGCUUGUUGGGAUUACCUCAGAAUAAUAGCUCAUUAUCAGCUGUAUCCCACAGUUUUGCUAAACAACACAGCUUUCCGUUUCAAGGAGCUCCCAGAAUCCCAAGUGAAGAACUAUCUGGAUCUUCUCAAGAGGGAACACGAUUUUGAACCGAAAAUACUUUUGCGAAAAAGCGAUGACAUCCCAGAGAGUCACCAGAAUGCACUGUCGGUCAUAUCUGAUGUUGGAUGUUCUCUAUCUAUUUUGGGGCUGUUUUUAACGAUUUUAACCAUCACCCUCUCAAGGUAA